AUGGUCAUGCCGGCUGUACGAUGUCUGGGCUGGCUAUUGACCAAAACGUGGCGUCUGCUCUUUCACGGGCUUCAUGUGAACUUGGAGUCCCUCCACCAUGUGCGUCGUGUGCUGGAGACGCUCGAAGGCGACGUUAGUGUCGUGUUUGCACCCACGCACAAGAGCCAUAUGGACUACUUGAUUAUUAGCUACUUGUGCUUCGCGUAUGGCAUCCCACUGCCACGUAUUGCCGCUGGGAACAACUUGGAUCUGCCUCUAGUAGGCUCUUUCCUGCGGGCUAAUGGCAGUUUUUUUAUCCGUCGAUCGUUCCGAGACGAUCAGCUGUACAAGGAGGUGCUGGAGCAAUACGUGCACGAGCUGUUGCGGGAUGGAAACCCCGUAGAAGUGUUCAUUGAGGGUAGUCGAUCGCGCCAUGGUCGCGUGUGUAAACCUCGCUUGGGGUUUAUGUCCAUGUUUCUUGAUUACGUGAAGAGCACGACGGGCUCUGCGUCAGAAGAAGAGGCAACAGACAGCCAGGAAAGUACAAAGAAGACGAUACUCGUCGUUCCGAUCUCGCUAGACUAUGACAAGGUGUAUGAGGUCGAUGGAUACGUAAAUCAGCUACUGGGCAAACCCAAGGAGAAGGAGAGUCUCAUCGUCUUGUUGCGUUCAGUGUGGGACCUGUUCUUUUUGAGACUUGGUCACGCUUAUGUACGUUUCGGCAAGCCGGUGCCGUUGACCGAGGCUUCUUCGCUUCAGGAGUCGUCCGAGCUCGUUGCCGAGCGUAUGCAGACCUCGGGCACCAUCACCUCGACUGCAAUUGCGUCAGCGUUGCUCAUGUGGAAGCGUGCAUUUGUGACAAAGAAUAUGCUGAAAGCCCGUACGUUGUGGCUUGUUGAAGAGCUGGAGCGGCGCGGUGCAACUGUAGCUCACAUGGAUGUCGAAAACAUUGCCGCUCAUGCUCUAUCAAUCUUGAAGGUGGACACGAAGCCCAACGGCGUUGUAUUGUCACAACUACAGUACCCGGUGCGAGCACUCGAGCUAGGAUUUUACCGCAAUCACUUGCUCCACAUUUUUCUGCCAGAGAUGGCCGUAUUCGGUGCUCUAGACACUGCACUGCGCGAGCGUAGAAGAUGCGACAAGAGCUACUCGACUCUACGCGAAGUAAACAUCCGAGAUGUGCAGCAGGAAGCACAAGAGAUCUGGCAAUUCCUGCGCCACAUCUGUCGCCACGAGGCCAUCGACAUCGAAGCUCGUGUCACUCAAUAUCUCACUGAAGCUGCUGCAUACGGCAUCGACAAAUAUUCCAGCAAAGUGACAGUGGACAUGGACAAGUGGAAUCGCUCCAAGCUCACGAGCUUCGUUUUGUCGCUGAACUGGUCCUUUAUGGACUCAUUGUGGCUCACCGCUCAGGGCCUCUGGUGCCUUCUACCUGCUGGAGAAGAUGAUAAUACUGAGCACACUGAGCGCGACGUUGUGCAGCACGUCCAAGUUCUGGCAAAAGAGUUGUUUCUUCGCCAGCAACUGUUCCAUGCCGAGGCUUUGUGCAGUGAGAGCAUCAAGCAGGCGCUAGAGUUCGUGGUCGAGAGUGACAUCGUGCGUAUCGAGCACUCACGUGAUGGCAAGUCGCGCGUCAUGCGCCUCUGUCCAAAGCUCGCUGACCCCGUGCGCGUCCUUGAGAACCUCACGUGCAAAGUGAAUGCACGACGCAAACCGCGUGAAUUUCUGUGGCGCGAAGACGAGUUGCCGCGCAACUUGACUCGUGAGGAGGCACUGGAGAUCGUAUCAAGCGCACACGAUAGUCAAAGGGUCUAUGCCAAGUGGAUGGCAGGGCCUGUCACUCGCUCCGCGAUGGAUAUUCAAUAA